AUGAAGAACCGUUAUCCACUCCAACAGAGAAAGCUAUUCAUCGGAUUAGCAACCGUUGGAUUAAUCGGAGCAGCACUAUUCAUCGCCACCGCAAUCACCGCCUCCGACACAUCAUCAUUACACUGUCCAAUUUCAACCGGAAUCCGAACCAGAUCAAACGAUGACAACAACAACCCAACACCGAUACAGCUACAAUCAAUACUUCACUACGCCACAUCACGCGUUGUCCCUCAACAAUCUGUCUCCGAGAUCAAGAUCAGUUUCGAUGUAUUGAAAUCGUAUAAUCGUCCCUGCAACUUUCUCGUCUUUGGACUCGGCCACGAUUCUCUCAUGUGGGCCUCGUUUAAUCCAGGUGGCAAUACGCUCUUCCUCGAGGAAGAUCCUCGAUGGGUUCAAACCGUUCUCAAAGACGCACCGGGCCUUCGGGCUCAUACAGUCCGUUAUCGGACACAGCUCCGGGAAGCCCACAAGCUCAUCACAUCUUACCGCUCCGAGCCCGCGUGUUCUCCUUCUAAAACCUUCCUACGUGGCAACAAAGCUUGUAAGCUCGCGCUUGAGAAUUUACCGGAUGAAGUUUACGAUACGGAGUGGGACCUUAUAAUGGUCGACGCGCCUAAAGGAUACUACGCGGAGGCUCCGGGACGUAUGGCCGCCGUGUUCUCCGCUGCUGUUUUGGCGAGGAACAGGAAGGGAUCUGGUGUGACGCAUGUUUUUCUGCAUGAUGUGGAUCGUAGGGUGGAGAAGGCUUAUGCUGAAGAGUUUCUUUGUAAGAAGAACAUGGUUAAAGGUGUUGGAAGGCUUUGGCACUUCAAGAUACCACCGUCUAACAACACUGAUGAUGCUCGUUUCUGUUAA